GGAUUACGACUGGACACUUUAUAAUUUUAAGUACUCGUGAAUUUGUUUAUAGUGCAAUAACAACAACAGCGGAAACAGUAAUUAUAAAAUGUCAUCUAAACUAAUUUCAUAAAACUUCAGUCAAAAAUGAAACUUUUGUAUCAUCAAAUGUUGAAAAAAGAAAAACGAUUUCUUCUAUUAUUAUUUUUAUUUCAGGAAUUGUCUUAUUAUUUCGUUUUUGUCAAAAUAAUAGUUAUUGUGCAUGCGUUCUGCAUUUAUUUUGAAAGUUAUUUCUUUUUCAAAUGUAAAGAAAAUAUUUGUUUUCUAUUAAGGUAUCUGAAAAGUCGAGUUUUAUCGGAUCUUCAGUGCGUAACGGAUCGGUGGAUUUAUCAUCAUGUCUAGACUGCUGGAUAUGGAGGAGUUUGGUGAAGCUGCGCCCUUUCUGCGCAAAAGCGACCAGGGGCUGAUGGCAGCCCAAACUGUGGCGUUUGAUGGAAAGAAACGCGCUUGGAUACCAGAUGAAAUUGACGCGUACGUUGAAGUCGAAAUCAAGGAGAUCGAUGGUGACAAAGUCACCGUUGAGACGAAGGAUGGAAGGUGUCUAACUGUCAAGGAGGAUGACAUUCAACAGAUGAACCCCCCGAAGUUCAACAUGAUAGAGGACAUGGCUAUGCUCACACACCUGAAUGAAGCCUCAGUGCUAUCUAACCUGCGGAGACGCUACAGCAGCUGGAUGAUCUAUACCUACUCUGGACUGUUCUGUGUGACAGUGAACCCCUAUAAAUGGCUUCCUGUCUACACGGCCCCUGUAGUGGCUGCCUACAAAGGCAAACGCCGCUCCGAUGCUCCACCUCACAUCUAUUCCAUCGCUGACAAUGCCUACAAUGACAUGCUGCGCAAUCGUGAGAAUCAGUCCAUGCUAAUCACCGGAGAAUCCGGUGCUGGCAAAACAGUUAACACGAAACGUGUAAUUCAGUAUUUUGCCAUAGUAGCGGCUCUGGGUGAAGCACAGGCUAAAAAAGGAGGUACAUUAGAGGACCAGAUUAUUGAAGCUAACCCUGCCAUGGAGGCUUUUGGAAAUGCCAAAACACUGAGGAACGACAACUCGUCCCGUUUUGGUAAGUUCAUCAGGAUCCAUUUUGGACCAACAGGGAAACUGGCUUCCGCUGACAUUGACAUAUAUCUUUUGGAAAAAUCCAGAGUGAUAUUUCAGCAACCUGGAGAGCGAAGCUACCACAUCUACUACCAGAUCAUGUCACAGAAGAAGCCUGAACUUCUUGACAUGCUCCUGGUUUCUUCAAACCCCUAUGACUACCAUUUUUGCUCCCAAGGAGUGACAACGGUGGAGACAAUGGAAGAUGGGCAAGAGCUUAUGGCUACUGAUCAUGCCAUGGACAUCCUUGGCUUCACUCCAGAGGAGAAGUACGGCUGCUAUAAAAUAGUAGGGGCCAUCAUGCACUUUGGGAACAUGAAAUUUAAACAGAAGCAGCGGGAGGAACAGGCAGAAGCUGAUGGCACUGAAAGUGCCGAUAAAGCCUCCUAUCUAAUGGGUGUUAGCUCAGCAGACCUCAUAAAGGGUCUUUUGCACCCUAGAGUGAAGGUGGGCAAUGAGUAUGUGGUUAAAGGACAGAAUGUUGAACAGGUUAACUAUGCAGUAGGAGCUCUGGCCAAAGCCACGUACGACCGCAUGUUUAAAUGGUUGGUGGGGCGUAUAAAUAGGACGCUCUACACUGUUCUGCCACGCCAGUUCUUUAUCGGAGUGCUGGACAUCGCCGGCUUUGAGAUCUUUGAUCUCAACAGCUUUGAGCAGCUCUGCAUCAACUUUACCAAUGAGAAACUGCAACAGUUUUUCAACCACCACAUGUUCAUCCUGGAACAGGAGGAGUACAAGAGAGAGGGCAUUGACUGGACCUUUAUCGACUUUGGUCUUGACCUUCAAGCCUGCAUUGACCUCAUUGAAAAGCCAUUAGGAAUCAUGUCCAUCCUUGAAGAGGAGUGCAUGUUCCCUAAAGCAACCAACACCAGCUUCAAGGCUAAGCUGUUUGACAAUCACCUUGGCAAGUCCACCAAUUUCCAAAAGCCAAGGCCGGACAAGAAGAGAAAGUAUGAGGCUCAUUUUGAGCUUGUGCACUAUGCAGGAGUGGUGCCAUACAAUAUUUUUGGUUGGUUGGACAAAAACAAAGACCCUCUGAAUGAAACUGUGGUAACCUGUUUCCAGAAAACAUCCAACAAGCUUCUGGCUAGCCUGUAUGAGAAUUAUGUUAGCUCUGAUUCAGUCUCAGACACAAAGACAGGAGCCAAAGAAAAGAGGAAAAAGGCUGCUUCCUUCCAGACAGUGUCACAGCUACACAAGGAGAAUCUAAACAAGCUGAUGACAAACCUGCGGAGCACUCAGCCCCAUUUUGUGCGCUGCAUCAUCCCAAACGAGACCAAAACUCCAGGUAUCAUGGAUGCUUUCCUGGUGCUGCAUCAGUUGCGCUGUAAUGGAGUGCUGGAGGGCAUUCGCAUCUGCAGGAAGGGAUUUCCUAACAGAGCUCUCUAUGUCGAGUUCAAACAACGGUACCGCAUUCUAAACCCUCAUGCUGUUCCAGAUGACAAGUUUGUGGAUGGAAGAAAGGCUGCGGAGAAGCUGCUAGCUUCACUAGAUAUCGACCAUAAUCAGUAUAGAUUUGGAGAAACUAAGGUGUUUUUUAAAGCUGGUCUGCUGGGGCAACUGGAGGAGAUGAGGGACGAGCGUCUGGCGAAAGUCCUCACUCUGCUGCAGGCCGCCAGCCGUGGCAAGCUCAUGAGGGUGGAGCUGAAGAAGAUGACAGAGAGAAAGGACGCUCUGAUGAUCAUCCAGUGGAAUAUUCGGGCCUUCAACUUUGUGAAGAACUGGCCGUGGAUGAAACUAUUUUUCAAAAUCAAACCCCUGCUGAAGAGCGCAGCCACAGAAAAAGAGCUGGCUGCUAUGAAAGAGGAGUUCCUGAAGCUAAAAGAGGCUCUCGAAAAAUCAGAAUCCAAACGUAAAGAGCUGGAAGAGAAACAGGUCAGCCUGAUCCAAGAGAAGAAUGACCUUUCCCUGCAACUUCAGGCAGAGCAGGACAACCUGGCAGAUGCAGAAGACCGCUGUGACCUUCUCAUUAAGACCAAGAUCCAUCUUGAGGCCAGAGUGAAGGAGAUUACUGAACGUCUAGAAGAUGAGGAGGAGAUGAACGCUACUGUUCUUGCAAAGAAACACAAAUUGGAGGACGAGUGUGCAGAGCUUAAAAAGGACAUAGAUGACUUGGAGAUAACUUUGGCCAAGGUGGAGAAAGAGAAGCAUGCCACUGAAAACAAGGUGAAGAAUCUGAUAGAAGAGAUGACAGCUUUGGAUGAAACAAUUCUGAAGCUUACCAAAGAGAAGAAGGCCCUACAGGAGAGUCACCAGCAGACUCUGGAUGACUUGCAGUCUGAGGAAGACAAAGUCAACACUCUGACUAAGGCCAAAGCUAAGUUGGAGCAGCAAGUAGAUGAUUUGGAGGAGUCUUUGGAGCAGGAAAAGAAAUUACGGAUGGACUUGGAAAGGGUCAAACGCAAGCUCGAAGGCGAUCUGAAACUGGCCAUGGAAUCUCUUAUGGACCUUGAAAAUGACAAGCAGCAAUUAGAAGAAAAGCUAAAGAAAAAAGAUUUUGAAAUGAACCAGAUCAGCUCAAAAAUUGAAGAUGAGCAAGUCUUAAUUAUCCAGCUUCAGAAGAAGAUCAAGGAAUUGCAGGCUCGUAUUGAGGAGCUCGAGGAGGAACUGGAAGCAGAGCGUUCCACCCGAGCGAAGAUGGAAAAACAGCGAGGCGAUGUGUCCAAAGAGCUGGAGGAGCUCUGCGAGCGUCUUGAGGAAGCUGGAGGUGCCACCUCUUCCCAAAUAGAGAUGAACAAGAAACGGGAGGCAGACUUUCUUAAACUGCGCCGUAACCUAGAGGAGUCCAUGUUGCACCAUGAGGCUAUGACUGCUGCAUUGCGCAAGAAGCACGCAGACAGCGUGGCUGAGCUGAGUGAGCAAAUCGACAGCCUUCAGCGUGUCAAACAGAAGCUGGAGAAGGAGAGAAGUGAGGCCAAGAUGGAAGCCGAUGACCUCACCUCUAAUUUAGAGCAGCUGGCAAAGAGCAAGGCUAACACUGAGAAAAUGUGUCGCCUGUAUGAGGAUCAGAUGAAUGAGUCAAAAGCCAAAGCAGAAGAGCUUCAAAGACAACUCAGUGACACCAACACACUGCGAGCCCGUGCUCAGACUGAAAGUGCCGAACUGGGCAGAAAGCUGGAAGAACAUGAAACUCUGGUGUCUCAACUGCAGCGCACUAAGAACUUCCUCAGCCAGAACAUCGAGGAGCUUAAGAAACAACUAGAUGAAGAAACCAAAUCAAAGAAUGCCUUGGCCCAUGCCCUGCAGUCAUCCAGGCAUGAUUGUGAUCUACUGAGGGAGCAGUAUGAUGAAGAGCAAGAGGCCAAAUCCGAGCUGCAGCGUGCCCUGUCCAAGGCCAAUGCUGAGGUUGCCCAAUGGAGGACCAAGUAUGAGACAGAUGCCAUUCAGAAGACAGAGGAACUGGAGGAAGCAAAGAAGAAGUUGGCUGUCCGUCUCCAAGAGGCUGAGGACCAAGUUGAAGCAUCAAAUGCCAAGUGCUCCUCCCUUGAAAAGACCAAACAUCGGCUGCAGUCGGAGAUUGAGGAUCUGGUAGUAGAUCUGGAGCGCUCUAAUGCAGCUGCUGCUGCCUUGGAUAAGAAGCAGAGGCAAUUUGACAAGAUUCUUGCUGAAUGGAGGCAGAAGUAUGAGGAGUGCCAGUCUGAGUUGGAAUCUUCACAGAAGGAAUCUCGGAAUCUGAGCACUGAGCUGUUUAAACUCAAGAACUCGUAUGAGGAGGCUCUGGACCAUCUGGAGAGUAUCAAACGAGAGAAUAAAAAUCUUCAGGAGGAGAUUUCCGACCUGACUGACCAAAUCAGCCAGGGUGGGAAGACCAUUCAUGAGCUCGAGAAGAUCAAGAAGGGCUUGGAUUUAGAGAAGAGUGAGAUUAAAGCAGCACUAGAGGAGGCUGAGGGUACUCUGGAGCAUGAAGAGAGUAAGACUCUUCGUAUACAGUUAGAGCUCAACCAGAUCAAAGCAGACAUUGACAGGAAGCAGGCCGAGAAAGAUGAGGAAAUUGACAAUCUGCGGCGUAACCAUCAGCGUGCCAUAGAAUCCAUGCAAGCCAGCCUUGAUGCAGAAGCCAAAUCCCGUAAUGAAGCCAUCAGGGUGAAGAAGAAGAUGGAGGGAGACCUGAAUGAGAUGGAGGUUCAGCUGAACCAUGCAAAUCGUCUGGCAACCGAGUCCCAAAAAAUGGUCCGUAAUCUGCAGACACAGAUCAAGGACCUCCAGAUAGAGCUAGAUGAGACUGUUCACCAGAAUGAAGAUCUAAAAGAACAGGCUGCCGUUACUGAACGCAGGAAUAACCUUAUGACUGCUGAGGUGGAAGAACUGAGAAGCCAGCUGGAGCAGAACGACCGUGUCCGCAAACUAGCAGAGUUUGAGCUCCUGGAGACCACAGAGAGGGUCAACCUGCUGCAUUCCCAGAACACAUCAUUGCUCAAUCAAAAGAAAAAGCUGGAGAGUGAUCUUUCCAUGUUGUCUAGCGAGGCCGAUGAUGCUAUGCAAGAGAGCCGAAAUGCAGAAGAGAAAGCCAAAAAGGCCAUCACUGAUGCUGCCAUGAUGGCAGAAGAGCUCAAGAAAGAACAAGACACCAGCGCUCAUCUGGAACGCAUGAAGAAGAACAUGGAGCAGACCAUCAAAGAUCUGCAGAUGCGUUUGGAUGAGGCUGAGCAGAUUGCUCUAAAAGGGGGCAAGAAGCAAAUACAAAAAUUGGAAAGCAAGGUGAGAGACCUGGAGAAUGAGCUGGAUUCUGAGCAGAAAAAAAGCAACGAGUUCCAGAAGGGAGUCCGCAAAUAUGAGCGUAGAAUUAAGGAGCUCACCUACCAGACUGAGGAGGACAGGAAGAACAUGGCCCGGCUCCAGGAGCUUAUAGACAAGCUACAGGCAAAAGUGAAGACCUACAAGAGGCAAGCAGAGGAGGCGGAGGAACAAGCCAAUACCAACUUGACCAAGUACAAGAAGAUCCAGCAUGAACUGGAUGAUGCAGAGGAACGAGCCGAUAUCGCUGAGUCUCAAGUGAAUAAGCUGCGUACACGUACCAGAGACCCGGGCAACAAGGCCAGUCCUAAGGCAUGUAGCACAUUCUAAGCCUUAUUAAUUGGAUAGCACGACUAUACAUUUUCGGUUCCACUGAAUCAUUAAGUUAUUAAUCAGCUUUGCUUCCAAUCAUUUCAGCUUGCAGAGUGAAGAGGAAGGCUCUCUCGAACCAUGGGCACAGCUCGUAGUUUAAAUAGUUUUGCGUGACAUUGAAAUAAAGCCUACGUCAAAAGUUAUGACCAACAUUUUACUUGGGUUUUUAAAAUAAAGAAAAGGUUAUUUUAUAUUGAUGUAGACAACAUACACAUGUAUUUAGGUAUAGCAAUGUAUACUCCAAUUUAUAAAAAAUCAAACACUGGCACUCAUUUCAGCAAACCUCUUUGACUUUAAACUUCAAGAUUGUUGUUUUCUAGGUAAAGUGAGGUGUUUAUCAUAAAGAAACAAUUUUUAAAGUUGAUGACUAAUGCCGCAUUGCAACACUCACCAGUUUCAGCAGUUAAAAAAUUAGAAUUUAUCAACAGUACUGUAGAAAUGCAAAUCCAUAAAAAAAAUGCAACAGGGCAAAAUAAUUUUGUCAAAUAAAAGCAAAGUAUUACAAGAAAUGAUUUUUUUUUUUUAUUGUAAUGUUGGCCCCACUUAAUAUUAGGUGUCUUUAACUACUAUGUACUUAAGAAUAUACUACAAUGCACUUUUUAUAUACAUAAGUGUUGCAUUGUAAUUACAUUUAAUCUCCUGAGACCCGAGCGUGACUGUGUGCAUUUUACCUUCCCCAUUUUGUUUUGUAACUAUUAGCCUCUAGGAAACAUGCUAUAAAAUAAAAUGUUAUAUAUAUAUAUAUAUAUAUAUAUAUAUAUAUAUAUAUUAGGACUGUCAAUCGAUUAAAAUGUUGUAUCAAAUUUAUUACAUGAUGUCCCGAUUAAUUAAUCGCAAUUAAUCACAUAUACAAUAUUUGCUGAGAAAGCCCCUCAUAUAACAAUAACUCAAUAUAUAAUGAUGAAAUAAUUAUACAUAGUAAUCUUAAAAUAUUAUAUAUAUAUAUAUAUAUAUUUGUUUUUAGAACACAUCUUGAGAUGACUUAGAUCGAAUUUGCGCUCCAUCAAAUGUUUUGAAGGCAAGAACAUAACGCAUGUCUGUCUUGUGCUGUAUGGUUAUUUUCUUCGCUGUAAAACUGCACAUUGCUACACAGCUGAAAUGUCAAUUACUGCCCUCUGGAGUAAACAGGUGGUACUACAAGCUCGCAUUUCUCAGGAAUCUUUCGUAUUACAAUCCGGGGGCAUUGCGAUUAAUUGCGUAGCCUACAUUUUUUUUAACGCGUAAUUUUGAGUAAAAUUAAUGCGUUAAAUCGACAGCCCUAAUAUAUAAAAAAUCUUUACCAAUUUUUUUUCUAAAAAUAGAUGGAAUCAUAUUUGGACAGUGGGAUUAAGUUGUCAAAUUUUAAAUACCAAGCAAUUAAAAGUUUUCUGUUUUUUUUUUUUUAAAUUGUUCAUUAGGUUUCCAGGAGUGUUGGUUAUUCAUGUUGAGACGUUACAGACAUUACAUCAGAAAUUAGAAUAAAUCAUUCUGAUUCAAAGUAAUGGCCAGCAACUUCUGCAUGAAAAAUUAUGAAUCUAUGUAGCCUACUAAUUACCGUUGUCUCAUGUCUACCAAACAUCUCAUGUCGAGUGGCCCAAACGUCAUCUGCUGUCUGAAACAGAGCCUUUUGACCCUAACAGAUAAACUGUACCCUGCUCCUAAACGUAGCAGCAAAAGUUAAUCUUGUGACAAUUUUUCAGAGCAACAUGUUACACAAUAUAUAAAUUGUAUGUAUUUAAAUGUUAGUACAUAGUAACUAAAGACACCACAUAUAAAGUAGGUCUGUUUUUUUUCUUAGUUGGGGUGGAGUCAAAAACGAUUAUAUUUUCGGUUUAAUUUUUAAAUGUAUAUAGUCAUGCGGACUCGCUUGCACAUGUUGUAUAAGACGAAGAACGCUGGUGAAAGUGUUUACAUGCAACAACAUGCCAUUGGGGUAAUGGACAAAAAUUGACACUUGCCAAUUGGUUUAUGCUUUAACAAUUUAUGGCCUUACCCUGAUAAAUGAAAACUUUUACAUGUUGUCAUCCUUUUAAGCAUAACUGUUUGAAGAUCGGUCAAAUAAACGCACUUUUGAAAGAAACAGACGUAUGGACUCUGGCCAAAAAACAAACAAAAGACUCUGGCUCUCCAAAUAUGAACCAUUGAUCAAGACAUUCUAAAACAUAAACACUAUCAAAUGUCAGAGUUAGAAUAUUGAACUCAAGUUUAUUUGAAGCAAGUUUACUGGGCUUGACAUGAAUAUCACUUUUCCUAAUUUUGUUUUUUAUUAAACUCCAUCAAGACAGCUACAUAAAAUCAUGUCACUAUUUCAAACUACUCAAACCAAUGUGAUACAUGUACCAAAGAGCUGUAGUGACAUUCAGAUCUUAUGUUUAUGCAGCAACCAUUCACAUCACACUUACAUUUUGUCAGAAAAAGUACAUUCACACCACUGCUGAUAUUAUUAGGACAAACUGUAUAGGGAGUGACCAAAACUCUAACAUUGUAGCAUUCAAACCACUUUAUAUGAAUUGUACGAAAUUGUGUUUUGCCAAUGCAGAGCACUGUGACAGUAUAUCAAUUGAUAAGAGAAUAUACAUAAGAGAAUUGUGAACAUCCACAGGUAAAAGCAAAGCAAUUCUCAUGAAACGUACAUUUAAUCAUUUAUACACAAGAACUUUUGCAUACAAAGUGAAAAUAGGUGCAACAGAUUAAGCCACAGCAUGCUUAAACUACAGGAGUGGUUUUUGUUAAAAAACAAACAAAAAAAAAACAA